UCCAUUCCUCUUCGUUUCAGAGCAGGAUCGCAGCAAAAUUGGACUUGGGAUUCUAGUCUACACACACAUAAACAACAACAACAAGAGUUUUGGGGAGUGAAUGAAGGGAGGUGAGCAGCAAUUGAAUUUGCCGGCGGGGUUCAGGUUCCAUCCGACCGACGAGGAGCUUGUCGUGCAUUAUCUCUGCCGGAGGUGUGCCGGACAGCAGAUUGCAGUCCCAAUUAUAGCUGAGAUUGAUCUUUACAAGUUCGAUCCAUGGCAACUUCCUGGAAUGUCACUGUAUGGUGAAAAGGAAUGGUAUUUCUUCUCCCCAAGAGACCGGAAGUAUCCGAACGGUUCAAGGCCGAAUCGGGCGGCGGGAACCGGUUACUGGAAGGCCACCGGGGCGGAUAAGCCGGUGGGGAAGCCCAAGACUCUGGCAAUCAAGAAGGCUCUGGUGUUCUAUGCUGGAAAAGCUCCAAGAGGUGUCAAAACCAAUUGGAUUAUGCAUGAAUACCGCUUGGCUAAUGUGGAUAGGUCUGCCGGCAAUAGAAACAACUUGAGGCUUGAUGAUUGGGUAUUAUGUCGAAUUUACAACAAAAAGGGAACACUUGACAAGCAUUACAUGAAUGUGGAUAAGGAGGCUAUGCAAUUCUCAGAUAGCGAAGAACAGAAGCCAGAGGUGAACGGAUUCCCAUAUGAUGGGAUGGUUGCACUGGUGCAGGCACCACAGUCAUUGCCAUCACAAAGGAUGAAUGCCUACACUCAUUUGAAUACGUCCGAGUCAGUACCUAAGUUGCAUACAGACUCAAGUAGCUCCGAACAUGCGUUUUCACCUGAGUUUGAGGAGGUCAAGAGUGAACCUAAGUGGAGUGAGUUUGAAAUUCCUACUAAUUUUCAGCUCAACUACAUGGAUGGCUUUCAAGACGACCCUUUCAGCUCCCAGAUGCAGUACAAUGACCAGCUCUUUCUGUUUCAAGACAUGUUUGGUUACAUGCAGAAGCCCUUCUGAUUCCAGUUUCCAAAUUGCAUUCAUCCUCAAUAUUAUAAUACCAGGUCUGGAUAGCCAUAUACAUGCAUUAAGAACUAGAAAAUCAGCUCCUCAAACUUGAUGGGCUUAGUUGGUACGUUCUGGAGAUCUCUUUAUAAAAUAUAUAUGGUAAGAGCAAAACAAGAUGGCCAGAAAUUCAAGCUGUGGUGCUGUUGCAGUGGUGAACUGAGUAUGGUGGGCUAAUCGAGCUGGAGCCUGGUCAGAUUCAGCGAGACAUUCUAACCAGAAAGGUGCUGAGUUGACACAGUAUUCCUAAACUAAGUAUCUGUCUUGUAUGUUCAGGAUUUUUGGAUGUAUUCGAUUCAUUCGUUCUUUAUAGUAUGGUUAGAUUAAUGUAGUGUUGAUAGAGUAAGAUUUGGCUUUAGUGAAUUCCACUUUAAAUAUACAUGAGGGAAGUCCUUUCUUCUGUAACUACAAUAUAAUGAGAUAUUGUACUGAGGAAAGUGCCAUAAGUGUCUUGACCAGAAGGGCAAAGACCAUUGCACACCUCACAAUCUGCAAUAGCAAGUUAGAAAUGUAUCCUAUCUUCUUCUCUACCA